CGCGCUGCAGCGGUCAGCGAGUGCAAGUGUGCGAUCACAGCAGCAGCGGCUCUGUCUGGAGCUCACACUGUACAUUACAGAAGCCCCCUCCUCUGGAAGACGGUGUUUCUCCCAUUAUGGGCGACAAGAAAAGCCCAUCCAGGCCAAAAAGACAAGCCAAGCCCUCUGCAGACAACGGAUUUUGGGACUGUAGCGUCUGCACCUUCAAAAACAGUGCAGAGGCAUUCAAAUGCAGUAUAUGUGAUGUGCGGAAAGGUACAUCUACAAGAAAACCUAGGAUAAACUCUCAACUCGUGGCACAGCAGGUCGCUCAACAGUACGUCGCCCCACCCCCAGCCAAGAAAGAAAGAAGGGAAAGGACAGACCUGCCUGACGACGAACACUUUGACAUGGACAACUCCGACUCGGAUAGACUCAGCAGUCUCCACCCUGACUCCGACCAUCCCGAGAGAUUAGGUCUGGACGGGGGUCAGCUGGACCGUGGACAUUUUCACAAGGAUCGGAGACAGGAAUGUGGUCUAGACAAACCGCAGCCGCUCCAUACAGACAGGAGGCCUGAGAGAGCAGGACUGACCCCAGACCUGCUGCAGCAGCAGCACAACAGAACAGACGGAGAGCACACGGACAGAGUAAUGCUGGACAAACUUCAGCCUCACAGAGAGCACAUGGAUAAAGAUCAUCCGCAUACGGCAGGCUCUGGGAUGCAGCCGGCAGAGAGGAUGGGUGGAGAGAGAGAGGAACUCAAAAAAGGAAAAAUAGAGAGAGCCAUGAUGGAGAAACACAAAGAGAGACCUAAAAGCCUCACGCCCAGUAAAAAACCCACUGCUAAGAAGAUGAAGCCCAAACUCAUUCAGAAAGGUCCAGCUGGGGAAAGUAACGGCAUGAAGGCUGGCAAGUCUGUCACGAAGAAUAAUAAAUCUAUAAUUUCACGACCUAAACUGAAGAACGUGGACAGGAGCUCGGCUCAGCAGCUCGCUAUAACGGUGGGCAAUGUGACUGUCAUCAUCACAGACUUUAAGGAGAAGACCCGCUCCUCCUCCACCUCCUCCUCCACUGUCACCUCCAGCGCUGGCUCUGAGCAGCAGCACCUGAGCUCCAGCUCCGAGAGCACGGACAAGGGGUCAUCCCGCGCCUCCACCCCCAGAAGAGACCAUUCUUCUGGGCACAAUGAGACCAUGUGAAGGGGAAGAGAUUCAGACACCGCAAUCUCACUUGGCGAGGCCCGGAGCUCCUAUAGCCAAUCUCGUAACUGUACAUGGAAGAGGGGUCUUUUCAACCCAUUCAGACAAUGUCCAUCGUGACACAUCGGCAGAAGUGUACCUGUCGAAAAACCCUCGUGGAGCACCUUGUAGAUUGAUAUGUUGAUGUUCACGUGAGUCACUGUCUGGCCGAGACCCACUGUAUAUUCUGUUCCCUACUCCUACCAGAUAUAAUCCAUGUUUGUGCACCACGGAAAUCAGCGCUCCCAAGUUUGCAUUAUUAUUGUUCAUUGUCAUUAAAUUGUGCAGACGGCUGUUUUGACUUUGUGUUUAGAACGUAGAAUCGUUUAUGCUAAAUGUACAGUAUCUGAGCUCAAUCCUCUAUCUCUCAGACAGCUCCGUGUCAACGAUCCGUUGUUGCGGCUAUUUGUAGAAAGCGAGUUAUCAACAAAAAGAUCACGCUAGACCACCGUGUACAAGGAGAUCUGUUCCCUUAUUAUUUCAUAUGACUCUUGUGUGUUUACAUGGUGGAAACACAAACUGUGAUUAUGUGAGUUUACAGUAUUAUAAAUACAAGGACAACUUUGAAAUCCAUACGGUGUACCAUGUAGACAUGUUUUGUGGUUCACAAGAUGAUAAGAGAGUAUUUGGAAUAUUGUUCUUUAUCUUGCUCUGUUUUUAGACUUUAAACCUUUGCAUAUUUCUUGUAAAAUUAUAUCAAGAUUCACAGUACUGUCUAUUAUUCAACUUCAUGGCAAUGAAAGUGUGAAGAGAGAAACCGGCAGUUGUUGGAAUAUGAAGCAGCUUAUCUAUUGGUGAGAUUUCAUACAGUAUAUUUACAGUUUACCAAGAUCGCUACUGAAAAUUUGGAAAAAUACUCCCAAUAUAGCAUAGUGUAGUAAGAACUGGCUGCUUCUCGCCCGUAAGGACGUUUUGCACAGGUUUACACAUUCAUUCUGACCUUUGUUAAAAAUCUAGAAGCUUACAAAGCUAAUAAAAUCCUUCUGAAACUCAUUACCAUCUCAAAGCAUCUUGGGCACUUUGAUGUGAUCAUCUAAAUUUUCUACAACCAGUUUUUUCUUGUAUAGUAAUAACCAGUGUUUAAUGUGUUCAAGUCGCUAUGAAGUGAAAAUUCACCCUAUCUGUUUUCUAAAUGCA